AAAUUAACUAUUUCUUAUUUUUGUUUGGAAUCUGACUUUAACCCAAGUGAGUCUGGAUGUAUGCAGAUAUGACUUCCUGGACUGGAUAACAAUUGCAUGAGAUUUUCUGUAUCAUCUGGCUUGUUGUUUACUAGAAUGUUGGAACUCCACACACCUGACACCCAGCAAAGAGUAUUUUUCAUGGGUGGAGCCUGUGCCUAGUCCUCUCCUAGCCAGUCAUCACAAGCUUUGCUGGAAAAACCUGUUGGAUAAGAUCAUAAUUCUGAACACAACAUUCAUUAUUCAUGAUUGUUUGACUUUCAGCUCAGAGUAGACACUAUUUUCAUUGCUACAGGCCUGCACAGAAACAGUAUAUAGAUCAUUCUUACCAGAGCCCACCUGUGUGUCUAGAGGCCAGUCAAUGGAGCCACCAGAAUUAGAAGAUGGAGGUGCUUCUGCACCGUGUUCAGUAGAGCCAGAGAGAUCAGACUCACCAGAACUCAGCCAUGUGUCCAUAAAGAGAUGCCACUCAAUAGAGAUUCCAAUAUUCUUUAAAAAUGAAGACACUUAUGAAGACAGCUCUAAAUAUCUACUUGCUGAAGUCCACAUCAACCUAAAAGCAAAUCUCAGGGAAACGUUUCAGUGUUUAUAUGAGGGAAUAGCAAAGCAGGGAAACCCAACACUUUUCAAUGAGAUCUACACUGAGCUCUACAUCACAGAAGGUGGAAGUGGAGAGAUCAAUAUUGAACAUGAGAUCAGAAGGAUUGAAAAAGCAUUCAGAAGAGCAGCAACAGAGGACACGCCAAUCAAAUGCAACAAUAUCUUCACUCCCUUAGUGGGACAAGACAAGCAUAUUAAAAAAGUGCUGACAAAGGGAGUGGCUGGCAUUGGAAAAACAGUUUCUGUGCAGAAGUUCAUUCUGGACUGGGCUGAAGGAAAAGCAAAUCAGGACAUCUACUUCAUAUUUCCACUUCCUUUCAGAAAGCUUAAUUUGAUUAGAAAUCAAAAAGUCAAUAUUACAAGCCUUCUUCAGAUGUUUUUCACAGAAGCAAAAGAAAUUGACAUGUCUAGCACUGAACAUAAAAUGCUUUUCAUCUUUGAUGGUUUGGAUGAGUGUCGUCUAUCUCUGGAUUUUCAGAAUAAUUUGAGCUUGGUUGAUGUAAAUGCAUCAGCUUCAGUGGAUGUGCUGCUGACAAACCUCAUCAAGGGGAAUCUGCUUCCAUCUGCUCUCAUCUGGAUCACCUCCAGGCCAGCAGCAGCUGAUCUCAUCCCCUCUGAGUGUGUUGAUCGAGUGACAGAGGUACGAGGCUUCAAUGACCCACAAAAGGAGGAAUACUUCAGGAAGAGAAUCAGUGAUCAGACCCUUUCCAAUAAAAUCAUCACACACCUGAAGUCAUCAAGGAGCCUCUACAUCAUGUGUCAUAUACCAGUGUUCUGCUGGAUUUCAGCCACUGUUCUAGAGAGAAUGUUGAGAGCAGAGAGUGGAGACAUCCCCAAGACUCUUACUCAAAUGUACACACACUUCCUGAUCAUUCAGAUAAACAUUAAAAAUGAGAAAGACUAUGAGAUGAAGGUGAAAGAUGAAGACAUGAUUCUGAAUCUGGGGAAACUGGCUUUUCAGCAGCUUAUGAAAGGCAAUCUGAUCUUCUAUGAGGAUGACCUGAGAGAGUGUGGCAUAGAUGAAAGAGACGCAUCUGUUUAUUCAGGAUUGUGCACUCAGAUCUUUAGACAGGAACUUGGAGUGUAUCAGAGACAAAUUUACUGCUUUGUUCAUCUGAGCAUUCAGGAACAUCUAGCAGCCUUGUAUGUGUUGUAUUCAUUCAGUUUGAAAAAUGCAGACGUUCUCAGUGAAUACCACACAAGCCAGAACACAACAUGCUUCCCAGUUUCAAAAAUCUUUGAGAGAGCAGUGGAAGAAUCUUUACAAAGUAAAAAUGGCCAUCUAGACCUCUUCCUUCGCUUCCUUCUAGGUCUCUCAUUGGAGUCCAACCAGUCUCUUUUUCAGUGCUUACUAACACAGACAGGAGGAAAGUCCUACAACAAGGAAGAAAUUAUCCAGCACAUCAAGAGGAGGAUUAGAGAGAAUCUUUCUCCUGAGAAAUCCAUCAAUCUGUUCCAUUGUCUGAACGAACUGGGUGACCACACUCUUGAAAUUGAAAUGCAAGACUACCUGAAAGCUGGAACGAUAAGAGAUGCCAUUCUCUCACCUUCACAGUGGUCAGCGCUGGUUUUUGUGUUGCUUACCUCAGAGCAUCUGGAUGAUUUUGAAUUAAAGAAAUUCAUUAGGGAUGAGCUCAACCAAAAACACAUCACACAGGAUCAAGUUCUCCUGAAUCUACUGCCUGUGGUUAAAGCAUCAAGAUCAGCUCAGCUUGGUUGUUGUAGUCUGACAGUGAAAUCUUGUGCCAACCUGGCUUCAGUUCUCAGCUCAGAGUCCUCUUGUUUGACAGAACUUAACUUAAACAGGAAUCAUUUGCAGAAUUCAGGAGUGAAGUUGCUUUCUGCUGGACUGGGAAAUCCACACUGCAAACUGAAAACACUGUGUUUGUGGCAUUGUGGUGUCACAGAUGAAGGUUGUGCUGCUCUGGCUUCAGCUCUUAAAUCAAACCCUUCACAUCUGACAGAACUGGAUCUGUCUGAAAAUGAUUUGGGAAAUUCAGGAGUGAAGAUGCUCUCUGCUGAACUGGAUAAUCCUCUCUGUAAACUGGAGUCACUUAAGCUGAGAUUGUGUAACCUUAGAGAUAAAGCUUGUGCUGCUCUGGCUUCAGUUCUGAGAUCAAACUCCUCACACCUGAGAGAACUGAAUCUGUCUGAAAAUGAAAUAGGAGACUCAGGAGUGAAGAUGCUCUCUUAUGGGCUUGAGAAUCCUAACUGUAAACUGGAGAUACUGUGGCUGAGGCAUUGUGCUAUCACAGAUGAAGGUUCUGCUGCUCUGGCUUCAGCCCUGAGAUCAAACCCUUCACACCUGAGUGAACUGGACAUGAUUGGGAAUGAACUAGAUGACUCUGGGGUGAACCAGCUCUCUACUCUAAAGAUCGAUCCACACUAUAAACUGGAGAAACUACAUUAUGACUGAUGAAAGUCAAAUGAAGACUGGUUGAUGGGCAGAUGAGUUGGUUUGUUGCUGCAUUAAAGCAGCAUCAGAGAGAAAGUAUGAUAUGCAGUGAUCCUGUAUUCAAACUUUAAGAUUUUUACUUUCCAGUGUUCAGGAGCCGUUAGUCUCCAUUUACAUUCUCUGCUUUUCAUGUAUCAUAUUUAUUUGUGCGUGCGUGUUUUUUUUUUUUUUUUUUUUGCAAAAAUAAUGUAUUAACAUUGACUGCAAUAUGCCUCUGCUGAAAGUCACAAUAAAUUUGCUUUUGAGAGUAUCCAGCACAUUGGGAGAUGCAAUGGUUUUCUGGCUGUGUUUGAGGUCUCUGCCAAAAGAGGGUGACAAUCAUAAAUAUGAAGAAUGUUUUGUCUGCAGUUCAAAUGUUACUACUCACUGGUGAUGGUAUUUACUAUUUAAAGUUGUUUCAUGCAUUUGGUUGACCCCAAAUAUAUUCCUAUGUUCUCAUUAAUAUGCAUAUUUAAAUCUUAAAAGUUUUUUUUUUAAUUUUGGAGAUUAAUUAUACAACAGUUAAGUCAACAAGAAGUAUUUAGCUAAUUUUAAGUAAAAAAAAGAAAAAAAAAAAGGCAGAUACAACCGUUAUUGGCCACUCUCUGUUAUUAUUUGUACAGUGUUCAGUGUUCUUUAAUGGUAGGGUUGUUAUUGUUCUGUGCUGUUUCAGUUAGGUUUUUGUAGUAACUACUCUAAAAGGCCCCGCAUGAAGCAAUGAUGUUUCAUAAUAUAAAGAAAUGUAGCACUGAGGAUACCUGUGUAACAAAGUGAAAGUGGUUAAAUAAUAAAUUCUAAAUAAAUGGCACAGGCCAGAACUGUGCAGAUGUAUAGUCAAAA